AUGUUUAGGAAGCAGGAUUUCAAAAAAUUGGAAUUGUUAGGUUCGGGCAAGAAGCAUACAAAGAUAUAUAGAGUGCAACAUAUACAAACAAAUAAAGUAUAUGCUUUAAAAGAGAUUGAAGCAACUAAUUUAGAGAAAUUAAAUGAAUACAAAGAAGAAGCAGUUCAACUUAGCAAAGUUUAAAAUUGUGGCAACGUGAUUCGAUUUUAUGGAUACUACUUUGCUGAAACUCUGUACAAUACGUUUCGUUUAGGAAUAAUUACAGAGUACAUGGAUCAUAACACUAAUUUGGAAAAUCUGUAUAGAAAAAGAAAGAAACCUAAUUAGUUCUGGAAAGAGAAUGAGUUAGUAACUAUGUUGUUUAGCAUAAUAUCAACGUGCUCAUAUUUGCAAUAAAAAGGGAUUUGCCACAGAGAUAUAAAACCAGCUAACUUAUUUAUGAUAACGAAUGGGGAAUUGAAAUUAAUUGAUUUUGGUGAAAGCAAGGAUUAUUUCUUUGAUUUAGACAAUGAAGCCAAAAAUACUUACACUAUGGCGACAAUUAGAGGCACACCUCAAUAUUUAUCACCUAUUUUAUGGAAGGCUCAUGUAAUUGAUGGAAAUAGUAGAUAUGUAGAACACAACAUUUAUAAAUCAGAUGUUUUUUCAACUGGCUUAGUUAUGUAUUAGAUGAGUGCCAUGCAAGAAGUAACUGGAUUCAAUAAUACCUAAUAAAAUGAGGGGGAGCAAUUGAUUUUAUAGAGUUUAGCUUCGCUAGAGUAAAAGUAUAGUCCUGCUUAUGUGUCGAUAAUAAAAUUGAUGUUGAUUUUUGAAGAGGCUUAAAGGCCAUCAUAUGUUGAAAUUGAACAAUUAUUCAUAGAGCACGAGGAGAAAUAUCAUUCAGGAAAGAUAUCUGAGAAUGUGGCUAUAAAUGAAUACAUUUUGUUGUACAAUUAACACUAUAAUACUAUGUUAAAACGAGGACCUCCUUACAGGACAUCACAAGAGGCUGAAGUUCAAUUUAAAAAUGUGAUUGCUCAACAUAUGAAAAAUGCAGGAUCAUCAUAGUAACCAUUAAGAGAAUAGCCAUCCUCUUAGAAAUAACAACAGAUUACUUAAUAAUAACAAUCAUAAUAAGUUCAGGUUAUUAAGUAGCCUGUCGUAUCUUAAUCUGCAUUUUAUAGGGAUUCCACUUUAAUAUUGAAUGAUUCCUGCUUAUGGUUUGAAUUUGGAGGUAAGACUAUCAGUAAAUUUUCAACAUCCAAACAAAAAUGGCGUUAGAUUGCAAAAUUGGAUGUGGAAUUAGACAGAUAAUUUACAACUCUUUUUGUUCCUGACAAAAAAGCAUUUUAUCUAAUUGGAGGAUUUCAAGAAACUAACUUUCGAGUCUAUCAAAAUGAUAGAUUGGAGUUAAUGAAACAUCAAAUUCCUAUGAAUAGGUUCUUCUGUUCUUGUCUCUAUUAUAAUCAUAAAAUCUAUUGCGUUGGAGGAUAUGACGAACAACAUAAGGUGUAAUUAUCAUCAGUUUUAUAUUACGAUCUUAUUUCAGAGAAAUGGGUUCAACUAUCAAGCUGCUGCUUGUAGAAUAAAGAUAAUGAAAUAGUUUUAUUUGGUGGUUAUAACAAGGAAGAAGGCACUUUAGAUACUAUAGAAAGAUACUAUAUUAACGAGAAUAGAUGGGAAAAAUGUACUUUGAAGCUACCAUUGCCAUUGAGAAGGUUUAUGGCAGUCAGAGUUAAAAAGAAUUUAGCUUUAUUGAUAGGAGGUUUGACUAUGUAUGCGAAGGAAAGUUAAAAAGUGUUGAAAGUAGAUUGGGAAAAGAAAGAAAUCAUAGAAUGCGAACCCUUAGAAAAAGGUGGAAUCGUUGAAAGUGAGGUGCUUCUUGAUACUGAAGGCAAUUUACAUAUAUUUCUUGAAAAUGCAAAUGGGACUUCGCCACAUGCUCACAUUAAAUAUUAUUUUGAUCCAAAUGCAACCAAAUAUGAGACUAAAGCUGAUUGA